AUGGCUCCAUCGGUGGAACACAAUGGCGACUCCUCAACCGGCGACUCUCAACGGCUAACUCCGACGCCGUUUAUCUCCAAGACAUACCAGAUCGUCGACGACCGCGCCAUCGACGACGUCGUUUCGUGGAAUGAUACUGGAACAUCGUUCGUCGUUUGGAACCCUACCGUUUUCGCGAGGGAUUUGCUUCCUAAGUAUUUCAAGCACAAUAACUUCUCCAGCUUCGUUCGGCAACUCAAUACUUAUGGAUUUAAAAAAGUUGUGCCUGAUCGGUGGGAAUUCUCUAACGAAUUCUUUCGAAGAGGUGAGAAACGCCUUCUAUGUGAUAUUCAGCGACGGAAGAUCCUUUCAAAAUCGCCGUCGGCGGUUACCAAUGGCAGUGCAACCGCGACAGUAGCGGUGGUGUCAUCUCCUUUGCAUUCUGCAAAGCCGAUUGUAUCACCGUCAAUAUCGGGAGAGGAGCAGGUGAUUUCUUCGGAUUCAUCGCCGUUUGAGCAGGCGACGCUAUUAGAAGAAAACGAGAGGCUUAGAAAGGAGAACAUGAAGUUAAAGAAGGAAAUAGAGGACAUGAAAUCCCUCUUCAAUAAUAUAUUCAAUCUUAUGUCUAACUAUGCCAAGUUUCAAGCGGAAAGCGGUGCACAAGGAAAAGAUUCUUGCUCCAUGGCACCGAAGACGCUUCAUCCAUUGCCGGAGAAGCGGUGCGAUGGCAAAGACGCGGCGGAGAUGGUGGUGGAGGAUAAUUACCCGAAGCUGUUUGGGGUGGUGAUAGGUAAGAAGCGAGCGAGAGAAGAAAGUACAAUGUUUAGCCUGAAUCAAUCAGUUCACGUGGACGACGGAAAUCGGAGUCGUUUGAUUUACAGAACUGUGUAA